CUCGUUCCUCGUCCGCCAUUUUGCCGGUUGUAGAAGAAGGGACACUAUCAUGGCACUGAUACUAAGAUCAUCUGUACUGAGAAGGUUUCUGUCAACGACGUGCCGUAGCAGCACCGGCGCUCGCAUGGAUUUAGUGUACGAGGACAGAACAGAUUACCCAGCGCCUCAUGUUCGAUUCACAAAAGAUGCUGAACUUGCAGAAGACCUCAAAGCACUUCGAAAGAAGGAAGCUGGUGACUGGAAAAACCUAACAGCAGAUGAGAAGAGAGCGUUGUAUCGCCUUGCUUUCCACAAAAGCUAUGCGGAUAUGAAAGCUCCCACUGGUGAAUGGAAAGUUAUUUUAGGCGGCGUUUGCUUUGCUUUAGCAGUAUCUGCAGGGAUUUACAUGUUCCAAAAAGAUUAUAUUCUACCAGAACCACCACAUACGCUAAAUGAAGAUUGGCAAGCACAGCUUAGAGACUACAUGAUCAGGAUGCACAAUAAUCCAAUUGAAGGCAUCGCAUCGAAAUGGGAUUACGAGAAGAAUGACUGGAAAAAAUAACCAGAUGCUAAUUUGUAGUAACAAUAUCUAUCUUACGUCAUUGUAAAUUUCACCCUGUCUUGGUGUUCAGUCUUUUACUGAUCAUUUUGCCAUCAUCCCCAUCACAAUGCUCCGGGAAAUUGAAAUCAUUUUGUUGCCGUGUCGAUAAUUUUAAUCAAAUACAAAAACAGAUGCUAUGAAAAUAUCUGAAAUGUGUGUUAACCAAGUUAUUUCUCUAUUAACAGUCAUUCUCUGUAUGUAAAUGGAAGAGUAUUUAAAAAUUGGAGUCAAGUUUUAGAUUGCAAUUGAUUUGAAUGUUGUUUUACCUUUAUUUGGAAAAUAAAUUCAUGACAGUAAAAUAUUUAAAAUAAAAA